AUGAAGGUUGUCAACGACAAGGUUGCCAGUGGAGACCCAACAGCCAAACGCCUUGAGGCCGAGUAUGCAACACUCGUCGAAACUCGUGGAUCACAAAAUCGUAUUCCGAAAAUGGAAAAAGCAGACAGCAAUAGCCAACCCCAGGCGACUGAAGAUCUGGAAUCGAAAUUCCAACUUCUGGCUAAUGCUGCAGGCACCCUUCCAGGCCAACCUGGCUACAAACGACUGCUCCGCAAAUUUCUCACUGCAGAAUACGCCACAAACGCGCAGGAAUAUUGUUCCAAUGCAAGAAAUGUCAAAGACAAGAAUAAGACGUUCAAGUUUGAGGCUCUUGCACUUGUCUGCGGUCUGAACGCCUUGAAAUCCACAACGGGGCACGAGAAGAUCUCUUCUACCAAGAACAUGGCACAGGAAACGAACCAUUGCACCCCUGAAGCUGCAUCUUCUCAGCCUGACAAUGAGAGUGCCACCAUGAAGAGCUUGCGCAACAAGAUCGCCGCAGCCCGGCUUGAUGGCGCCGUGUCAGCAUCUGCUGCCCGAGUGCUAGAAGCGGAAGUAAGAUUUGAGGAACUUGCCCUUUCCCUUAGACUCAUCAAAGGAAGGAAUAGUUACAAAAACUAUCGACGCCAAUUUUUCGAAUAUGAAUCCUCAAGAGAUCACAUUCUUAAAUCGGGAGAUGAUAUCGCCAUUGAGAAACUGGAGAGAUUUGAAGAGAGUUGUGCCGCUCGCGGGUUACAGCAAGGAAGCAAGGAGUUCAGGACAUUCAAGAAGCAUUUUGAUAUCGAGAACGAAAACGACACCGAAACUUCGACUGAUAGUUCGUUCUCCAUGUGUGGGUUUACUUCAGCGGAUGAUGAUUCCCAGUAUGCUCUUCAAUUCAAAGGCAGAUUGAAAACGGGCAACAACCAUGGUCAACCCGAGGGCGGAGUGGUGGGUGGCCGCCAGGUAUCAGACGGAAAGCAGCCCAGACACGGCCAUAAUCGUGCUCAAAAAGAUGGUUCUCAAAAAGGCAGUGGUCCAAAAGAUGGUGCUCCAAAAGACAGCCCUCUAAAGGACGGUGCUCGGAAAACUGGACCUCAGAAAGGCAGUGCUGGAAAAGAUGGUGCUCCAAAGGAUGGUGCUCAGAAAGGCCGUUCUAACAAAUCCCGUGCCGAAAAAGCGAAGGAAGAAUUCAAUGCUUACUUUCCUGAUACUCACAAGCUUGAAAACUGGCAGAAACUCUGUCGGGACCUUGGUAUCAACCCCGUUCCCAGCUCUAUCACAAAGUGCAAAAUGGAAACGAAGAAGAUUUAUGUCAAUAUCUACCAGUUUCUCCAUCAGAUUAAGACGGGUUUUCCCGCGACUAGGUUCCCCAGUCAGAAGGCAUUGGCCAAGUACUGUAAUGGAGGGAGCAAGAGAAAGUUCCCACGGCAAAUUGCAAAAGAGAGAGGCGCACUUGCUGGCUUGCUUCAUUACCUCUAUUAG